GCUGCAAAACCGCCAACCCUGUUGCUUCCUCGUCGCAUACUCCCUCCUCCCUGAUUCGUCUAUGCUGCAGCAUUCUUCAGGCUACCUACUCCCUCCCACUGAAAGAUUUCUCCAGAGUUCGGCGUUCUUGUUGAUAAAACAUCAGGUUUUAAGGGAAACUAUAUGUCAUUUCUGAUAUUCGAGGGUGGAACGUUGCUGGUAGCUGUGAGCAAUGGAGAAGGAAUGAACUGCCACCAGAUAACGAGUAGGUUAUUGUUAUUCUAUUCCAGUACACAAAUGACUGCAAGGAUAAGGAUAGGGCACAAUCUCUAGUCCCUGUUCUCGCUGACACUUCCUGGUCACGUGGCAAAGAACGUCAUACAACAGCUGACAAACUUCCAACCAUUUCCUGUAUGUAGUGGCAAUUGCCAUGGCGGCCACAAUGAAGUUGAGUGAAGUAAAAGACCCGGGCGCUCUGUUCGAGGUGCACAGUGCCGAAGAGAUUAGGGUCUUGGAAAAGAGGGUCCGGGCGGAGAUCGAACAGAAGAAGGAGGAGCUACGGCAGAUGGUCGGUGAGCGCUACCGGGACUUGAUUGAGGCGGCGGAUACUAUUGGAGAAAUGAGGCGCAGCUCUGGCUUAGUGGUGGGGGCAGUGCGUGAUAUGGAGAAAUACUGUGGAAGCCUGAAGUGUAAGCAAAGUACGGGAGCCGCAGGAGCACAGCGGGACUGUGUAGCCUCCCAGUGCCAAGAGAAAUUUUACAGCACUGCUGCCCAGAUCAAGCUCCUGUUGGAAAUCCCAGAGAAGAUUUGGAGUGCAAUGGAAGCCUCUCAGUACCUGCAUGCUACACAGCUUUAUUUGCUAUGCUGUCACCUUCACUCGCUCUUGCACCUUGAUUCUUCCCCAUCCCGCUACAGCCCAGUUCUUUCUCGAUUUCCCAUCCUUGUUCGGCAGGUGGCGGCUGCUGGCACCUUCCGAACCACCAUACUCCAGGAGAGCAAGUCACUUUUAAAGUGUCCCUCUGCCUCGGAUCAAGCAGUUGCUGGAGCCCUUUGUUCAAUCAUGCUGCUAGAAGGCAGCUCUCCACGGCAAGCACUUACUGACUUUUUAUUGGCUAGGAAAGCUGGAAUCCAACAUUUGCUAAACCAGCCUCACCAUGGUUCAGGUAUAAAGGCACAGGUGUGUUCGCUGGUAGAACUUUUAGCUAACACUCUCUAUCAAGCCCAUGCCCUGUUCUACACACACCCUGAGGAGGAACUACCUGACCCCUCUCUAACCUGUGGGCUGCUGUUUUCUAUGCUUGAUACUGUCACUGGGCAGCAAGGAGGAGGGAAAGGCAUUAAAGUUCUAAAGGAAGAAAUGAAAUCUGUCAGCUGGUUCAGGCACCUUCCAUCAUCUGUUGUAGAUUUUCAGCCGGCACGAAGUACACUUGCCCACCCUAUUAGUCAAGAAUACCUUUGUGAAACUCUGCAGCAGUGGAUUAGCAUGUGCAAUGAAGAUAUAAAAGUUGGUAUCUCUGCUCUGCUUGUAUAUGUCAAGAGCCUGAAGGGACUUGCUGGCAUCAGAGAUGCUGUAUGGGAAUUACUGACCAGCGAAUCCAUGAGCCAGAACUGGGACAAGGUGUGCCAUAGGCUAUUGGGUCAUCCUAUCCGCUUCUGGGAGGAUAUAUUACAGCAGCUAUUUCUGGAAAGGCUGCAGGCACUUACUAAGGAAGGCUUUGAAUCCAUAUCCCGAAAUUCGGUGCAGUUGAUCUUGUCUUCAUUGCAGGAGCUUGAAGGAAAUCCUGAAACACUUAAACAUGUUCAGCAUGAGAGUAACAUCUGCUCUUUCCUCUGGUCGGAGGGUCCAAGUGACCUACCACCAGAUGCAGCCUGGGUGAAUGUGGGAAGUCGUGGUUCACAGCGCCAAAUAGGUUUAUCCCUGAAGGCACAAGCAGUCACCCCUUGCAUCCAAAGCUUAUGUGCAACUCUUGAUUCCCAGCUCAAGGUGAAACUGGAGGAUCUGUGCGCUUACCUUCCUGGGGAGUCAGUGACAGAGAAGCACAAUGAGUUUCUGACAUCCGCUGCUCCAAUUUCUGCCUUUGAUAGAUAUGGUGAUGCCAGCACAGUGCAGGAAAUGCUCAGACACCACUGCCUCUCCUGCAUGCAACAAAUCCAGGACUCUGUAAAUACUGCACUUCAGUCAGCGGUGCUGGGUCUUGCUGACCAUAGUACUGCUUUGUCCAGCCCUAAAUUGACUGCAAUUCUCUUCCUUGCCAGACUAUGUCAGUCACUUUGCGAACUGUGUCCUCAUUUAAAGCAGUGCAUUCUGGGUAAAUCGGGCAGCACAGAGCAGAGUUUUCGUGAAUCCAGGUCAACCAAAAAGACAGGAAAAGGAAAGACAGUGGAUUCACAUUCUAUGCCCUGCAAGUGGCAAGAUUUAAAGGAGAAACUGAUGAAACAGUCUUUGGAAGCAUACAGCAUUUGGAGCUCUUAUGUGGUUAAGCACUUAGUGACUUCAUUUACACACACCUUGCUGCUCAACAAAGCCGGAUCCGCAUUGGCUACCGCUACCCACUGGGAUGAGAUAGAAAUCCAGGAGGAGACUGAGGCAGGGAGCAGCGUGACCUCAAAAAUACGUUUGCCUGGACAGUGCUCCUGGUAUGUACAGACGCUGCUGUUCAGCGUGUGUCAAGCAGUGAACCAUGUGGGAGGACAUGCCUUGCCAAGAGUGACUCUGCAGGAAUUAUUACGGAGUUGCCUGGAACAAGUGGUUGGCGCUUAUGAAAGUCUGUGUUACAAGAGCCCGGACAAGCUGAAAACCAAGCAACCAUCUUCCCUUACACAGGCAAGGGCUUUACAACUGCUGUUUGACCUGCGCUACAUGAACCUCAUUUUCAGCUCUCGCAGUGAGGAUUUGAAAAGCAAAAAGAACAAGCAGGAGUCCAGAAUUCAGCAAGUGACUGACCAGCUAGAAAGCUGUAUCGACCCUUUUGACCUAGAUGUUUUUAUGCCACACUUGAAUGGAAACCUGAAUCGGUUUGCACAAAGGACCUCCGUUUUGUUUGGGUUAUUAACAGGAGCAGAAAACCAGUUUAUCACUAGGAGUUCCACAGUAGGCCUGCAGGAAACGCACAACGUGCUACCGUUGGCGUCCAGCCAGAUACGGUUUGGUCUGCUCCCACUCAGUAUGUCAAGUUCCCGAAAGACAAAGGGCAGGGCAGAGGAAGAUACUAUGAUUCAGGUGACAUCACCAGUCCAAUCUUCAGAAGAGGAAAGUUUCAGACCCGGCUCGUUGUUCAGACAACUGGCAACUCAAGAUGAAGAAGCACCUUCCCAAUCAUUAUUUAAGUUAGGCUGGCUUUCCAGCAUGACCAAAUGAACAUAUAUUUUUCAGCAACUAAAAAAAGAGCAAAAUACUUUAAUGUGCAUCAAUCUUUGUGAGACUAGGGAACUGGCUGCUCUACAUGGAAAUGCACUUUUUAGUCAUGGCUCAGGCAGGGUUGAUGACUGUAUACGGAAACACCAUGUUAUAUUGGCAUUACACACGGACAACAAACAUUUUUCCACAAAUUAAAUAGUUUUAUUGUGCAUCAA